AUGAAAUCACGUGGUGAACAGUUACCUGUUGAAUUAUGGCUAUUAAUAUUUUCUUAUAUAGAAGUUCAUGAUCUUUUUCAAGCUUUUUCCAAUUUAAAUAAUUAUUUUGAUAAAUUACUUGCUUCAAAACAACUUUUCUUAAAUGUUCAGCUAGGAUCAAAAACGAAACAUCCUAAUUCGAAAUUUAAUCAAUCUAAUUUUUAUUGGUCUAAUUCAAUACUUGAUCGUGUAACUUGUAUUCAAUCAUUUUCUGAAUAUGAAUCUGAUGAUCUUCUUCAAUUUCUUCAAUCCCAUUCGAAAAAACUUAUUCAAUUAAAAUCAUUAAUUAUUCAAGUGUCUAUACAAAACAUUCCAUCUAUUUGUAGUGCAUUAGAACAAUUUCAUUCACUUCAUAGUAUUUCUUUAACAUGUAUACCAUCUCAAAAAUUACUUGAAAUCAUUCUUCUUGUACCAACUCUUCGUAUAUGUCGAUUAAGAUUUUGGCGACCUAUAUCAAUUAUUAAUUAUCAAUCAGGUACUAAUAGCAAUGUUGAAAUACUUUAUAUACAACUUUUAGACGAUCCCAACUAUUCAAUUUCUUAUUUACUUUUAUCACAUAUGCCAAAAUUGAAACGUCUUGAAAUUGAAAAAUGUCGUUCCGUGCCGUUAUUCAAUCAAGAAAUAUUUAUUCUUGAACAUCUUCAAAUACUGAAAUUCAUUUGGAAUCGUCAUCAAUAUAAAUCAGAUUAUUUCGAACAUUGCCAUACAGUUGUACCAUAUUUAAAAAGUUUAUAUCUUACUGUAUACUAUUUUCAAUUCGAUGAAGCAUUUGAUAUUAAUUUGAUUGAUUUUGUAUGGACAUUAUUGAAAAAAAUGAAAUCAAUUAAAAUUUUCAUUCUCUGUAAUCAGUUAAUGACAACAGUCAACAAUAAUAUACAGACGAAAUUAGAUACUUAUUGUCAACAGCUAUCAUUUGAAUUAAACACUCGAUCUGACGCUAUUUUUCAAAUUAAAAGGACUGAAGAAAAAGCACAUAAACAUAAAAUUCAAAUUAUUUCUCAAUAA